AUGGAGUAUCCAGCGCGGUAUACGAUCGCUGCUACGGACCGCAGUGGUCUGAUCGUGAUCGUGGAGACGCUGUUCAUGUCCUGGAUGAUCAUGGUCACGUUGAUCCGAUUGUAUAUGCGCCUCGCCAUCAAUGGACCCGUGCAGGUCGAUGAUCUCGUCGUGUUUGCGGGCGCGGUCUUUGCAAUCGCCCACGUUGGAACGGUGAUGAAUGCAAUAUCUCAUGGCCUCGGCCGAACACUCGACGGGGCUCUACCGAGUGACUUGAGCCAAGCUGCAAACGAAUACUACGUCGCCAAUCUUCUCUUUCUCGCGGGACAUGGCGCCGCAAAGAUUUCCGUCUCUCUACUCCUCACGCGCCUGGGCCGCCAAAAGCUCUACAUGACGUGCGCCAAAGUUCUGCUUGGUACCGUUGUCGCCUGGUGCAUCGCUUCGAUUUUUGCGAUCAGUUUCACUUGCCUGCCACGAUAUCAAUGGAGUAUGGCACAGCAAUGCAGCAAUGUGGAUACCGCGUGGAAAACGAUCUCCGCAUUUGAUAUCCUCACGGACGUCUUGAGCUUUGGAUUGAGUAUCUUCCUGGUGUGGGGCAUCCAGAUGCGCUGGAAGGAGAAGGCGACAGUCAUCUUUGCGUUUGGCACCAGACUCCCGUCCAUCAUCCUCAUCAUUCUGCGCCAGACAUACCUCGAUCGCUCCAUGUUCUCGUCCAAUCCAACUCUCCAUCUCUCAGAUGCCCAGGUCAUGACGGCGGUCCUGUUGCACUACAGCAUCAUGGUCGCCACCGUGCCGUGUCUCAAGCCCUUUGUCAUCUCCUUCAACACCGGAUGGGGACAAGGUCUCGCCAACAGCAACGGCGAACAUCCGUAUUACACUCCGUCCGGCAAAAGUACCUCGGGCAACCACUCCAGAGCCUACACGCAGAACCGAGGCGACGAGACUGGCACGCACGUCUCGGUCGCCAGGCUCUCCUCAGAUAGUCACAAUUCCCAGCAGAUGAUCAUUCGGGAGACGCGGGAAUGGAUCGUCGAGGAGGAAUACGAGAUGCACUCGGUCGAUCAAAGGAAUCUGGAUCAACAGAGCGUGGUGACACCGGCAUUUGCAAAAUAG